AUGAUUGAGAACCGGUGUACAAAGCAGGAAGGUCAUGAAAGAUUAACAACAGAUUAUUGGCAGGCGUUGGUGUUGUGUACUUGUCCUAAUGGAGUGAUAGAAGUGACGUGUGCCUGGUCGAGCGCGUCUCUCCUCGCCACGAUUGAACGACCGUCGACUAGCAGAUCCACGCUGCCGUCUGCACAAGAGGACGAGGUGGGAGGCAGUACGGUGGUAGCCGAGGGUGUAGUAGGCGGCAUAAAGGGCCCAGGCGGCGGGUGCCGCGCAUCCUCGAUGACGAUGGCCGAGAGCGCCGUGGAGGACGCUGCAGCCGCGCCCCCGGGUCCGGCCAAGCCGCCACCGCCCUCCUGUACCAACAACAAUACUCUCGCGGCUACCGCGAACCGAAACCGACGGAACUACCGCAGACGGAAGGGCCUCGACCAGGUUUUGGACAUCCUCCAACAUCGGAGCUCACCGUCGGAGGGCGAGGUGUUGAGAUUCGCCGGCAGCGGACCGGCGUCCGAGGAAGAGGAAGACGUGUUCGGGUCACCGAGGUCGUCUUCGAGAUCGGCCACGACGGACCCGCCACCAGGCAUCAGCUUGCUCCCCCUCAGGCUGAAGAGCGAAGAGCCCGUGACGCCCACCGAGGAGCAGGCGAAUGCGCGGGACGAGUCGAGCAAUAUUAACAGCAACAACAUCGAUCAACAGCAGAAUCAUCAUUCUCAUCAUCCGCACCAUCGCUCCGUUCAUUAUCGUCACCGGCACAGGCAUCAUCACAGGAACAACGCUACGAAUCACCUGUACGAUCAGUUCCAUUCGCCUCAUCAGAGAUCCUCGACGCCCAAGUAUUCGGGAUGCACCUGCGUCCACUGUAUCCCGUCGACCACCUCACCUAUGGUGCUACCCUCGCCGACCUCACCGUUGACUCCGCUCACACCGCUCACCCCACUGACACCGCUCACUCUACCCCCGUUGACGCCAGGAUCCCUGUCGUCCUACAGUUUCGAGCACUACAUGCACACCAAGUACCUGCCGGAUAUCUUCCGGGGACGCAGUCACUCGGACUCGGAUCUAAACGGUCCGGCCCCGGGUUGGGACCAGAAGCCAUCGCUCUCGACGUUGUCCGUGUUCAUGAAUCACCCGUCAUUGAGAAGCGGUUUCUUAGAAGUGGACACGACCAGUCCGCAAGAGUCGCCGUUAGACCUGUCGAUGAAGAACCUCAUGGCGUCUGCCACGGCGGCGGCCGCAGUUUCUGGUAGACCACCGGCCCUCCAAUUAAUCCCGCCUGGGAUCGUUUCUAGGGGCUCGGUGAGCGUACCAGUCGUUAAAGGCGAUGUGGCUUCACCCACGACGAAAGAAAGCGUCGCGGUCAGGUAUAAUCUCGAGGUAUCGCCGGUGGUGGAAGAGAUGCCGCCCGGGGCGGACGUCGCGUACGUUUGUCCGGUCUGCGGGCAAAUGUUCAGUCUUCACGACCGACUUGCGAAGCACAUGGCCUCGAGGCAUCGCAGACAGGGCCCGCAGGAUGCAUCCGCGAAAGCGUACCUCUGCGACGUCUGCAAGAGGAGUUUCGCGAGAUCGGAUAUGCUCACCAGACACAUGAGACUGCACACAGGCGUAAAACCGUACACGUGCAAGGUGUGCGGACAGGUAUUCAGCAGGUCCGAUCACCUGAGCACUCAUCAGAGGACGCACACCGGCGAGAAACCGUACAAGUGUCCGCAGUGCGCGUACGCGGCUUGUCGCAGAGACAUGAUCACCAGGCACCUGAGGACUCACGCUAGAUUCCCCGACGUCCAGACGCCUAAAAUCGAACCUGGCCUCCUUGCCGGCGAGGACAGCCCUACGUUUAACCAGGAAAUGGCGUCGCCUUCGGACGCGAUCAAGGCCGAAUGACGACGGCCGGACGGAUGACCCGGCGGUGAUUAUCGAGAAGCAGGGAGUUCGCUUUCGACGGGAAUUCUCGGGACUUCCCAAGUUCGGUCCCGGCGGCUACGAUGACAGGACACGGGGACUCCGAUGGACGAAGGCAGAAGGCAACGCGUCGCAUGGUCUCGGCGUGGAAUCGGUUCAGCGAAUUGGCACAUGGCCGUACGAUCAAGAUAGGAUAUAAGCAAGUUCUUUUUCACUAUUCAGAAAUUUUGGUAUUUUGGUAAUGUUUCACGACUCGUUAUAAUGUACAUCGUUGCUUUGCAAGAGAAAUUUUUUCGCGAUCUAUCAGACGGAAGACUUUUAACAGUAUUAUCUACUAUCUUCGUCUUCCCGUUGUUUACCCCGGACUUGUGCGAUAUUCAUUUCCUGGAGUUCUCUGCUGUUCGUCAAUGGUGUGGCUCGUCCAAGAUUUUUCUAACAAUAAUUACCGUUCCCAUUUGUGGAAUUUUUAAUUUUGGAGAUCACAAACUUGAAUUUGUUUAUAUUAUAAAGUAGCUCCGAUUCAAGUUUAUUCUCAAUCAUGAACGAUCGUUCUAAAUCGAUUCGCGGGAGAUGUUAUUUAUUGUUAGAAUUUCUUGCCACAUCCGGUCUUCAUUUACUCUCUUAAUUGAUACUCGUACCAUUGAAUCAGAAACGAUCUGAAAGCAUUCCUGCCCGAUCAGACGCGUGCUUCCUCUUCGAGAGUUUAAAAAUUCGUCGCGCAAGGACUUGAUUCGCAAAUCGGGACGUGAUUAUUGAAAACGCUUCCUUCGUCGUUCGUCGAGUGUCUGCUGGAAAAAGGAAUUGUGCCAAAUUUUCACGGUCGGUCCAUCGUUAACCCACGGUUUCACGAUUACAUAUCCGAGUAGGUCGAGUCGGAUGCGUUAAAGAGAAGACGUUUAGCGACACUUUUCGAGUAUUAGACAAAGAACGGUUGAUUUGUUUGCAUAGUGUAAUUACCUCUAAAAGACAUUUUAAUUUUUUAGCAAAAUACAAGUUAUUUAUUAUUAUAAAGUCGCUAACAAUAUUUCUCGCACGCAUUUCCUGUUACUCGACGAUCGAAAUCGUCAAUUGAAACAAUUGUUUGGAUGUUGAAAUGAAAGACGGAAACGGUACCGAGCGUGCGAUCGGUAGAAGUUAGUUGUUAUAACGAUUUUUAACGAGAGAAUGUUUUUUCUUUUUAUUGUGCGUUGUGCGAUAUUCCUCUCGACAGCGUCGUGUUGUGUAUAUUUAUAGAAACUCGUUUGUUGCUCGCAAGAAAGUCGAAUUGAAAACGGAAGUCAAUCGAAAGACAGCCCCUCGAAGGAUGAUUUUAAUUUCGAGGCGCCAGAAACGAUAUGAAGUGCCGCGAGAAGGACAAAUAAAAAGAGUAAAAAGAAAAAAAUAAGAAAACCGGAAGAAAGAAUACGAAUGUAACUGUACCUGCAGAAAGAAAGAAACUUAAAUCAUAAUAAAAUGCGUCUAGACGUAACGUUAAUUAGUGGGUAAUAUUAAUAUUAUUAUUGCGUUUUAUUAUUAUUAUUAAUAUUAAUAUUAUUAUUAUUAUUAAUAAUAUUAUUCUCAUCGUAAACUAUCGCCGUGAGAAUGUUGAAAGUGAGAGUAAGAGAGAAAGAUAUUUUUUUACACACCGUCGACGAAAAUUCGCGGAUUGGUUCCAUUGAGGGAAUGGAAGAGGAACACCGAGCGCAGGACGCGAGUUGUCUCACCUCGUAAUCAUCUCGACGUGUCAUUAGGUUGGUAAAUAUGAAAUUCAUUUUCAACAAGUUCCUACAUCGUACAUUUAAUUCAAACAAUUUUUUUUCACACUGAUCGUUUUUUUAUUCCCCGUAUCAGACUAUUAGAAGCUAACAGUUCUAAAACGUACAGAUAUUUAAAUACUAAAACAAUUUGUUCAAUGAACUACACGAACUCAAUCAUAUUUUACUAUAAUAUGUUUCUAUUUCAAAUUUUAAGAGCAAACACACACGUUUGUAUAUUCCAUAAAUUAUUAUGUAUUUAAUUCAUGACUGUUGAUAGAACAAACGUUUUUUAACGAAUUCAGAUUUCAUGUACACCAGCCUAUUAAGUUCGAAUAUCGUUCGCUUAAGCUCGUUCUCUUCGACAGGAGAAAUACUGCACGCGGAUACUCAGUGGUCUUUAUCUUGAAAUCGUUACACUUUCUCGCGGAACGUCCACAAUGAAAACGAUUGAUAAACGAAAGUACUUAUUUUUAUUCGGACGAAGCACGGGCCGAUUUCGAGCACUCGGGAUUUCGCAACGUCGCGUUGCAUCGCGUUCAACGAGAACCUCGAAAAAUACUCACGACUUUGACUGGUGACUGCGUUUAUGCUAAUUGUAAUUAACACGGAGAUGCUCUCGACCGUUGCACGCUAUCUCGACAGGCAGACUCCAAAGAGAAGAAGAAAAAGAUUGAGAAAUCUAGCCUCCAUUCGAUAGACGUUUCAGUAUCACGAUCCUAAAUGAUAGUCCUGGUUCGAAUUUGCAUAUUAUAUUACAUGAAUAUACUUUUUAUUGAAACUAGUUGAGAAACAUGGAAAUUGUGGAGACACGAAGAUUUCUCGAAUAGGUACGAAAUCCGAUGAAUCCUUCGAAGUUCGAUGGGUAACUCCGAACAAAAUUAAGCCGCGUUUAUAAAGUGAAGGUUGUCGUCUCGUUUGAACUGUUAAUUAGCUAUAGAAGGGUCUGUUGAGAAAGCGUCGGUGCUACACUAUUCACGUAUAACAAUUCCACCGGAGACUGUACGCGCAGCGUCCGCGUCAGCUACUUUUACCUUGCUCAACCUCAACUCAACGUUCGCCUUUUUCCUUGCCAUAACUCGGGCUACUGUGCAGCGUGUCGUCUACCGUUCGUGUCCGUACGAUAGGAAAAGCGGCCGUAGCGACGAAUAAUCGCGAGUCACGCCCGUUCCGACGUACGCACGAUGCUCAUUCAUGUAUAGGUGUAUUAUACAUAUUACUUGUACACAUCGACACACGUUACUGUAAAUUCUUGACAGACACGUUGUUCUGUCAAGGAAAAGGAAGCGCACGAUCCUACGUAUACAUAUCUUACGUGUGUAGCCGAACGGCGUGCAUUCUGAAACAGGUAUGUGCGUAUAUCUGUAUUUUUGUAUACCGAGGUUUUUUCUAAUUAGUCUACCGUCUUAAGCGUUUCGAAGGAGGAACGGAACGAGUAAUUAGCCAUUAAGGGGAAACUGUCGCUCUCUUGCUUGCCAUUUUAACUUGCCUCUGUCGAUCGGAACGAUUACUCGGAAGGCGGCUUGUCGGAGUGACAAGAGAAGGAUACACGAGGGAGAGACCUCGAGCCGGAAGGUCUCAUACUGGUUGCGCGUCCUCGAUUUCAACUUUUGCAAACUAGAAAACGACCAGUCGAAGUAAUAAAACGAAGUCUUAAAAUCGCGUA